GCCCCAUUGCCACUUCUUUAUUUUAAUUUCUCCAUUGACCUUUAUAUAUUAGUACAAAACCCAUUCUCUAUAUCCAACUACACCCUUCUCCCUUUCUCUCUUCAUCUUUCAUUCCUUUUAUAGUUUUUAUUUGUACAAUCUUUAUACAUUUAGAUUGGUGCAAAAACAAAAAGAAGAAAAGGUAUAACCAUAUUGCCAUUGGCGGCUUGGCGCAGCCCUCUGUGCGCCAAACCCGCCUUUAGCAGACAGCUAGUGUACCUUUCGCGGUUGAUGUCCGUUGUUGCACCGGUGGCAGUGGCAAUGACUGGGGUUUUAGGGCGGAGCAAAUCGGUUAUAGCAAUCACGGGGAGAAUCGUUAACGACAUCCUUAGCUUUGUCGUUUUCUCCCUCUUGGACGUGCUAGAUUUUGUCCUCUGUUACGCUUUUAAGGUCCUCGAUUUCGCGAUAGAGGCGGAAUGGAGGUCGUGUUACUGCUGGUAUGCCAAAGAAGGCAGUACCAGCAAGGGCACAAUCUUGGUCUCCGAGCAAGGGGAGUCCAAGAUUCUUCGCCUCACUUCUUCCAGCAAGCUUCAGCUGGAAGAAGUUUCGGACACCUUGUUCAACCGACCUUCGUAUCUCGCCGAAAUUUCGAAAUCAACGGUGAAUGAGCUUAAGAUGAGGCGCAAAGUGGAGAAUAAGGUUCACCAACAAUCCUGUGAUCAUCAUCAUCCUCAUCAUCAUCAUCAAAUCAAGGAGGGGAGAUCAACAUUCACAAUCAGCUCCACCAUUGCUGAGAUUCUUCAAGGUAGGAUUGGAGGUCGGCAGCAGCCGCAUUGUCCCGCCCCGAGAUGGUCCGAUUGCGAUUGCAAGACUUGCCAUUCUUGGGCAUCUUCUUGCAAGGACACAUUGUACGUCAAAGUAGAUGGUGCCAAAGGCAAUAAUGUGCAAGAAGAUGUUCUGUUCAUCCAUGGCUUCAUUUCAUCGUCUGCGUUUUGGACGGAGACGUUGUUUCCCAACUUCUCGAAGGAGGCAAAAUCUAAGUACCGUUUGUUCGCGGUGGACCUGCUCGGGUUCGGGAGGAGUCCCAAACCGAAUGACUCGCUUUUCACGUUGAGGGAGCACCUUGAGAUGAUCGAAAAAUCUGUUCUUGCCCCCUACAAGGUUAAGUCAUUCCACAUCGUCGCUCACUCUCUGGGGUGCAUUUUGGCCCUCGCACUCGCCGUGAAGCACCCCGGUCUCAUCAAGUCCCUCACGUUGAUCGCCCCCCCAUAUUUCCCGGCGCCAGAGGGAGAGCAGGCUACGCAAUACAUGAUGAGGAAAGUGGCACCGCGGCGGGUGUGGCCACCCAUCGCGUUCGGUGCGUCGUUAGCGUGCUGGUACGAGCAUGUUAACCGGACGCUUUGCCUGGUGAUCAGCAAAAACCACCGGCUAUGGGAAUUUCUCACCAAAGUCAUUACGAGAAACAGGAUACGGACGUAUUUGGUGGAAGGGUUCUGUUGCCACACGCACAACGCGGCAUGGCACACGCUACACAACGUGAUAUGUGGGACGGCGUCGAAAAUUGAAUCAUAUUUGGAAGCGGUGAGAAACAAGGUGAAGUGCGAGGUGACGAUUUUCCACGGUCGUGACGACAUGCUCAUCCCUUUGGAAUGCAGCUACAAUGUGCAAUCCAAAGUACCCCGUGCCAACGUCAAGGUCGUGGACGACAAAGAUCACAUUACCAUUGUUGUGGGAAGGCAGAAGCCUUUUGCCAGGGAACUUGAACAGAUUUGGACUAAUUCCUCCCGCUAGAUGAUCGAUCAUGCAUCCAUACUACGUCUACAUUCGCAAAUUGUUUAUUCGAUAAAUCCCCGAUCUAUCUAUCUAUAUAUGUCUACAUAAUAUUUUACUUUCUCUUUUAAAAUUAAUUAUUGUUGUGCAUGUUGAUCUAUAUGGAAAAUUUGAAAAAUAUUUUGCUUAUUUGCUUGAGUCAGUUGAGUGUGAGAGUUAAAUCGCCUCCUACACAUAUCGCCAAUUCAAUGCAUAUAUAAAUAUACAAUUGUAAUGAUCCAGUUGAUGGAAGGGGUCUUGAAGAUUACUCAAGAAGAGGAACGUAACCCGGUGGGCUUUGUCGUCACCUCCAAAUUUGACCGUGACGCAACUAAGGAUUUAAAAUGCAAACAUUGUGGGUUGAGCGGACACGAGAAGAGUGG